UCUAUCAAUUCAUUUCCAGCGCCAAUCUCUAAUCAUAUCUACAUAUGAUCCAUGGCUGAUUACACGCUAUAGACAAACUGCAAGAUGGGCCUGACCAAGCAGUAUUUGAAAUAUGUACCAGCAGGUAAUGCAAAUAUAAUUGCGAGUCCUCGAUGCAAUGUUGUCUUUGUAAAGUUGGAUGGUCAAGAAGGUAGAUUUGUAGCUGCUGCUGCAUGUGAACAUGUAUACAUUUGGGAUCUGCGACUUGGAGAGAAGGCACAAGUAUUAUCUGGAGAAAAGGUAUGCGUAACACGUCUGGCUGCAUCACCUGAUAAAAAACACAUUGCAGUUGGUUAUGCAGAUGGCACAGUGAAAACUUUUGAUUUAAGUACUGGCGAAAAUGUUAGCAUAUUUGUAGGACAUAAAUCUGAAAUAACAACGUUGGCAUAUGAUGUAUUAGGACAUAGACUAGCCACUGGUUCCAAAGAUACAGAUAUUAUUAUCUGGGACAUUGUGGCAGAAACUGGAAUAUGUCGGUUAAAUGGACACAAAGGUGUUAUAACCAAGCUGGUAUUCAUGAAGGAGCAUAAUAUUAUUAUUAGUGCAAGCAAAGAUACAUUUGUAAAGUUUUGGGAUCUAGACACGGAACAUAACUUUAAAACCCUUGUUGGACAUAAAUCAGAAGUGUGGAGUUUCGUCUUAAUGAACGACGAUCGUUACUUAAUAACAGGAUGUAAUGAUAUGGAACUACGUGUUUGGAAAAUAACAUUUCUUGAUAACAAGAAUAUUGAAUUAGAUACUGCUGUUGGUACAAUAGAUACCAAUGAAGAAAAUGAGGAAAGUGUGGAUACGGAUAUGAAAUAUCCUAUAAAAUGUGAAAAAGUUGGAAGCAUAUUAAGAACUACGAGAGGGCGAGUUGUUUCGUUAGAAGUUGACUCCACAUGCAAAGUUCUUGGAUGUCACGGAGUGGGAAAUUCUAUAGAACCGUUUUAUCUAUUAUCUGAAGAUACAAUAAAAGAUAGAUUUACAAAAAGACUGAAGAAAGAAAGACGAAAAGCUAAGAAAGAAGGAAAUGACGCAGAGAAAGAGCUACCUACUGCACCAUCUCUAAAGGAUGAGAUAAAACGGUUGCCUGUUAUUCAAGUAUCUGGCAAAGCAAAAGGACUUGAUUUAGUUAUAGGCAGAGGAAAUGAACUGAGAGUAUGUGUUGGAAUCAGUAACAAUUCGAUUGAAUUACAUUCUUUGUUUAUGGAUGAGAAAAAUCCGGAAGUAAAGUGUUUGCGUUCAAUAACGGCACAUGGACAUCGUACAGAUGUUCGAGCUAUUUGUUUUAGCUCCGACAAUUUGGCAUUUGCUACCGCUAGCAGAGAUUCUGUCAAAUUAUGGAAUAGACCAACAUUGUCAUCUUUACGCACAGUGCAGUGUGGUUAUGCAAUGACGAUAACAUUCGUGCCAGGUGACAGGCAUUUGAUUGUUGGUUUAAAGGAUGGAAAAAUGCUUAUUAUUGAUAUUUCAUCUGGUGAUAUCUUGGAAGAAAUAUCAGCACAUUCCAAAGAACUUUCGAGCGUAACAUUAUUUCCCGACUUGAAAGGAGUUGCCAGCGGUGGUGGUGAUCAAACGGUGAAAUUUUGGAAUUUUGAACUUAUUCAAGAUCCUGACAAUCACAUAAAAGCGAAAGUUCUUUCUGUCUUGCAUGUAAGAACGCUUAAGCUCGAAGAAAGCGUGCUAUGUGUAAGAAUAAGUCCGAAUAAUAGAUUUGUAGCUGUUUCUCUAUUGAACUCUACCAUUAAAAUCUUCUUCUUGGAUACAUUUAAGUUCUUUCUGUCGCUUUAUGGACACGAGCUACCAGUACUGUGCAUGGAUAUAUCCAGUGACUCCACACUCAUAGCAACCGGUUCUCAAGAUCGUAACAUCAAGAUCUGGGGUUUGGAUUACGGCGAUUGUCGCAGAUCUAUAUUCGCGCAUGAUGACUCUGUCACAGGUCUUUCAUUCGUGCCUGGAACUCAUUAUUUCUUUUCCUCUGGUAAAGAUGGCAAAAUUAAACAAUGGGACGCCGACAUAUUUCAAAAAAUCAUCACAUUACAGGGUCAUUCUGGAGAAAGUUGGAAUUGUUGCGUUUCAUCAAACGGGGCUUACGUUGCAUCGUGCGGUUCCGAUGGAGUAGUUAGAUUGUAUGAGAAGACUCGUGAACCUUUAGUAUUACAAGACGUAGCAGAAGAAGAAAGAGAACAACAGGAAAAUGAAUUAAUUACUGGGGAAAGUACUGCAGUAUUAGGACAGAAACAACAAGCAUUGCCUUCUAAAAAGACUGUUAGCAGUGAGAAGGCUGCUGAACUGAUAUUGGAAUGCUUGGAAAUAUCCAAUCAAUAUGAGACAGAAUUGAGUAAGGUCGUUCCUAAUGACAAAGCACCACCUCUUCCUCUGCUGAUGCAGGCUUACAAUUGCACGAACACGGAAGACUUCUUAUUGGAAAUUUUUAAACGAAUUAGGGCAAGUGAAUUGGAAGAGACAUUAUUAUUAUUGCCAUUUUCUGUUGCCUGUGAUAUUCUUCAGAGACUCCCUAACUUAUUAAAAAAUAAUUAUCAUACCGAGUUAUUAGCCAGAUUAGCUCUUUGCUUAGUUCAAGCACAUCAUGGUCCGAUAGUGGCCAAUCAAAAUCUUUUGCCUACUUUGGAGAUUGUGAAGAAACUCGCUGUAGAAAAAAUCUCUGUUUUAAGGGAUACUAUCGGCCUUAAUUUGCAUAGUAUGAUGUAUUUGCAACGCAUUUUUGAGGAACGGGAAGGAAUUAAAUUCUUUAGAGACGCCACUAAGAAUGUUGAACACAAGAAGAAAAUCAGAAGAAACAAGGAGAAGGCUAUAAAAAGAGCAAUCAUGAACUUGUAGAUCUAAAUGAUAUAAAGAGCUUUGUACACACACAUAUAUAUACAUAUAUGUAUAUC